AUGGAAUUUGUAGUUCCUCCCAUAUCCAUCGCUUUGAAAAUGCCCGUAUUUUAUCCGCCUGGAACUCUGGAAGUAUGGACGAGACGGCAUCGACGAGCAGAAAACGCCAACGCGAUCCUGAAUCCGGAAGCUCCGAUGGUUCUCUUCUUCUUGAGGAUAGUUUGGCAUUAACCGAUACUUUUGUGGCUGUUCGCAUGAUGUCUGCUCAGUUCCCGUAUAUCGAAAAGGUUUCCGUUCGGCCUUUUGUAUUGCAAUCACAAUUGUAUUGCAGUAUAAAAGACAGGACACAAGUAGAUAGGGAAUUGGAGUCUCUGAAGAGGGAGAAAAUGGUACGCAUUUUUAAGCUGUAUACUGGGCGAGAUGAUCGUGCUAUUAUGCUCUUAGAGGAAUACUUAAGUCAGAUUGAGCAUGUCGUUAAGAUAAUGGAAGAAAAGAAGAAGGAAAAACUUCCUGUUUUUGAAUGGUUCAAAGCACACAUCAUUUCUUCAAAGCUGGAUCCUUGUAUUGGGCAUCAUGAACUUUGUUCUCUUCUCUCACUGGGAGGCAAAGUCAAAGAGGAACAUGUCUCUCUCUUGAUUAAUGCAGGCCUUCUUUGUUUGAAGAAUGAAGACUAAUGUCCUCUCUGAUUCUGCUAAUUUCUAAGACUCGCCAACCUAUCGAUCCAAACAUGUACUGGUUUGCAAUUCCAAGUGUUGGACCAGUGCUCAAGGGUCUUUCACAGGGAAGAAAUGAGCUUUUAUCUUUACUCAACCGCCGAAAAUUCAAAGAGAUGAUGAUGGCCACCUUGGAAAAGAAGCGCCUUCGAUUUUCUCUCUUAGAUAUGAGAUUUCAUCUCCGUGAUUUGAUAGGAUCUGGUCAUCUCACAACUGUUGAGACCCCUAGUGGCUUAAUUGUGAGAGUCACUAAAGAUUGAAAUUCCGGUAAGAGAAUCUUGUUUCACAUGUAAUUCUUGCAAAGUUGAACACAAUUUUACUUAUAAGCUCACAAUUUCCCCCCUCUUAUUUCAAGAUUAGUGGACCUAAUUGAAAAGAUGCUGUAUUCAUAUUUUUCAACUUCACAUUUUUUUCUUCUGGUUUCAAGAUCAGUGGACUUAAUUGAAAAGAUGCUUUCUAUGCAUUCAGUGUGUUUUCCUUAAUUAUUAUGUAAUGGCAUGUGUUUUAGUUCCACCGUGAGUAUCUUUAUUCGCGUGUGG